UCAUCCUGCAGUAGCGGGGAUGGGUUGGGAAUGAGGGAGAGAGUGAGGACGCCCGGCUCCAGAGCAAACGAGAAGCCUCUGCAAGUCCCCCACCUCAGCCACCCGGGUUGAGGUCUGCCCAGGUCUGCUGUAUGGACCAGUGUGGGCGGCAGGCUCUUUUCUGUCUGUGCCCUGCUGCCCCCUAGCUUCUCCCCCCCACUGCUUGGAGAGCCCCUGCCUCCCUCCCCCAAGGUGGAAUCAGCCGGCUAGAGGCUCUUGGGGGAGAGCGAUCGCCUGGCCCUGCCCUGCCCUGCCCACACCACACCAUGACCCUCCUGCUGUUGCCCCUCUUGCUGGCCUCCCUGCUCCCCUCCAGCUCCUGUAACAAAGCCAACAAGCACAAGCCAUGGAUCGAGGCAGAAUACCAGGGCAUCGUCAUGGAGAAUGACAACACGGUCCUGCUGAACCCACCACUCUUUGCCCUGGACAAGGAUGCUCCCCUGCGCUAUGCAGGUGAGAUCUGUGGCUUCCGGCUCCAUGGGUCUGGGGUGCCCUUUGAGGCCGUGAUUCUGGACAAAGCAACCGGAGAAGGGCUGAUCCGGGCCAAGGAGCCAGUGGACUGUGAGACCCAGAAGGAGCACACCUUCACCAUCCAGGCCUACGACUGUGGCGAGGGCCCCGACGGGGCCAACACCAAGAAGUCCCACAAGGCGACUGUGCACGUGCGGGUCAAUGACGUAAAUGAGUUUGCCCCUGUGUUUGUGGAGCGGCUGUACCGCGCUGCGGUAACUGAGGGGAAGCUGUACGACCGCAUUCUGCGGGUGGAAGCCAUCGAUGGUGACUGCUCCCCCCAGUACAGUCAGAUCUGCUACUAUGAGAUCCUCACCCCCAACACGCCCUUCCUCAUCGACAAUGACGGAAACAUCGAGAACACGGAGAAGCUGCAGUACAGUGGCGAGAGACUCUACAAGUUCACGGUGACAGCUUACGACUGCGGGAAGAAGCGGGCAGCGGAUGAUGCCGAGGUGGAGAUCCAGGUGAAGCCCACCUGUAAACCCAGCUGGCAAGGCUGGAACAAAAGGAUUGAAUAUGCACCAGGCGCAGGGAGCCUGGCUUUGUUCCCUGGUAUCCGCCUGGAGACCUGUGAUGAACCUCUCUGGAACAUUCAGGCCACCAUAGAGCUACAGACGAGCCAUGUGGCCAAGGGCUGUGACCGUGACAACUACUCAGAACGGGCACUGCGGAAACUCUGUGGUGCCGCCACCGGGGAGGUAGACCUGUUGCCCAUGCCCGGCCCCAAUGCCAACUGGACGGCCGGACUCUCAGUGCACUACAGCCAGGACAGCAGCCUUAUCUACUGGUUCAACGGCACCCAAGCCGUGCAGGUGCCCCUAGGUGGCACAGCCGGGCUGGGCUCUGGGCCCCAGAACAGCCUCAGUGACCAUUUUACUCUGUCCUUCUGGAUGAAGCAUGGUGUGACCCCCAACAAGGGCAAGAAGGAAGAGGAAACCAUCGUGUGUAACACUGUCCAGAAUGAGGAUGGCUUCUCUCACUACUCGCUGACCGUCCAUGGCUGCAGAAUUGCCUUCCUCUACUGGCCUCUGCUUGAGAGUGCCCGCCCAGUCAAGUUCCUCUGGAAGCUGGAGCAGGUCUGUGAUGAUGAAUGGCACCACUAUGCUUUGAACCUGGAGUUCCCCACAGUCACGCUUUAUGCCGAUGGCAUCUCAUUUGACCCUGCCCUCAUCCAUGACAAUGGUCUCAUCCACCCGCCCCGAAGGGAACCUGCUCUCAUGAUUGGGGCCUGCUGGACUGAGGAGAAGAACAAAGAGAAGGAAAAGGGAGGAGACAACAGUACAGACACCACACAAGGAGACCCCUUGCCGAUCCACCACUACUUCCAUGGCUACCUGGCUGGUUUCAGCGUGCGCUCAGGCCGCCUGGAGAGCCGCGAGGUCAUCGAGUGCCUCUAUGCAUGUCGGGAGGGGCUGGACUAUAGGGAUUUCGAGAGCCUGGGCAAAGGCAUGAAGGUCCACGUGAACCCCUCGCAGUCCCUGCUCACCCUGGAGGGGGAUGAUGUGGAGACCUUCAACCAUGCCCUGCAGCAUGUGGCUUACAUGAACACUCUGCGCUUUGCCACGCCUGGCGUCAGGCCCCUGCGCCUCACCACUGCUGUCAAGUGCUUCAGCGAAGAAUCCUGUGUCUCCAUCCCCGAAGUGGAGGGGUACGUGGUGGUCCUUCAGCCUGAUGCCCCCCAGAUCCUGCUGAGUGGCACUGCUCAUUUUGCUCGCCCGGCUGUGGACUUUGAGGGACCUGAGGGGAUCCCCUUGUUCCCCGAUCUUCAAAUCACUUGCUCCAUUUCCCACCAGGUGGAGGCCAAAAAGGAUGAGAAUUGGCAGGGCACAGUGACAGACACACGCAUGUCAGAUGAGAUCGUGCACAACCUGGAUGGCUGUGAGAUUUCUCUCGUCGGGGAUGAUCUGGACCCCGAGCGGGAAAGCCUGCUCCUAGACAUGGCGUCCUUGCAGCAGCGAGGGCUGGAACUCACCAACACGUCUGCCUACCUCACCAUUGCCGGGGUGGAGAGCAUCACUGUGUACGAAGAGAUCCUGAGGCAGGCUCAUUAUCGGCUGCGACACGGAGCUGCCCUCUAUGCUAGGAAAUUCCGGCUGUCCUGCUCAGAAAUGAAUGGCCGUUACUCCAGCAAUGAAUUCAUCGUGGAGGUCAAUGUCCUGCACAGCAUGAACCGGGUCGCCCACCCCAGCCACAUGCUCAGCUCCCAGCAGUUCCUGCACCGUGGCCACCAGCCCCCUCCUGAGAUGGCCGGACACAGCCUGGCCAGCUCCCACCGAAACUCCAUGGUCCCCAGCGCAGCGACUCUCAUCAUUGUGGUGUGUGUGGGGUUCCUGGUGCUCAUGGUCAUCCUGGGCCUCGUGCGUAUCCACUCCCUUCACCGCCGUGUCUCAGGGGCUGGCGGGCCUCCAGAGGCCUCCAGUGACCCCAAAGACCCUGACCUCUUCUGGGAUGACUCGGCACUCACCAUUAUCGUGAACCCCAUGGAGUCCUACCAGAAUCGGCAGGCCUGUGUGGCGGGGGCUGCCGGUGGCCAGCAGGAGGACGAGGACAGCAGCGACUCGGAGGCAGCCGACUCCCCCAGCAGCAACGAGAGACGCAUCAUCGAGACCCCUCCACACCGCUACUAACGCUGCACCCUUACCCGAACAGAGAGAGAUUUCUGCCCUGGUGAGACAGAGACACCCCCAGAAAAGAGAGAAGGACCUUCUGAGAGAAGAGACCAAGAGGGAGAGAGCUCUUUGGAACGAGUCUUCCUUUAAUCCCCAAAUCCCAGUGGGCCGCACUGGGGUCUGCCUCCCUGCCCCGGCCCCCAGCCCACCUCCCUUCUGUGCCUCUGGGCUCCUGUUCCCUGGAAGACUUUGGCUGCCUUCUCUGCCCCCCCCCGGCAGUGGCCCCUUAGCUCGCCCAUGUCUCUGUCUGACCCCCACCAGGCGCGCACUGCAUGGAGUGGGGGUCACUACCAGUGGCAGGGGCCCGGGGGGAAUUGAAGGGGGAACACUUCCCUACUCUCCUGUCCACGGAGGCCUGUCUUCCCCAGGGCUUCUGCAGCUGGGAGGAAGCUUCCGUCCUCUCCUCCCUCUCUUUCCACUUCAUUCUGGGGAUCCCUGCUUCUUCACCUUGCCCACUCUCCUUCCUUUUCUGUCCUCUUUCCCCUCUUCUCCUUGCCUGAGGGCUUGCAGCCCCUGCCCCUUCCUACAUGACCUGGUUGAGGCUGGGUUGUGGGGAUGGCAGGGGGAGCGGGGGCCCCAGGUGUAUUAUAUAUAAUGUAUAUUUUUUCAUGUUGCUGUGAGCGCAGCCCCCGUGUUCUGUGUGCAGCUCACAGCCUUGUGUGUGCGUGUGUGUGGCAUCGUCAUGUCCUGGGAGGGGGGAGAGGAGGGAGGGGGAUGGGUGUGGUGAGGGAGGGGAUGCACCCUAGGGUUUUCAAAUAAAACGACCAGAAAAAGCUCCGUGAGCCGCCUCCUGCCUGCCUGAUCCUGUGUGGGUGCUACGGAGGUGGUAGGAGCUCAGGUCUCAGGGUCCAUUUGGAGUCUGAGCAGGGCUGAAGUGAGGGGGCAGGGCCAUCAAAGCAACCCCCCCCCCCCCCCAGAUAAAUCCCCAGAAGGCCAGGCCACUGGGUAUGUGCGGCUAUGGUGCCCACUGCCUUCUUCCUUCAGCACUGCCUAGAAAAGCACGGACAGUUCAGAGGAUGCCACAGAUGUCUGGGCCUUGCGGGAGACACUGUCAGUCCCUCCCCAUCUCUUGGACAUUCUGCCUGUAGCUUCUAGCCCCAGAGUCCAGGGCGAGAGGGCAGGAAACCCUGCUAUUUGUAGCAAGAGAACGAGCUUUGGUUCAUCUUCCCCACAUAGUCGGGGGCAGUAAUAAGACAAGCUCAUUUCAGAAGAGGGAACUGUAGAGGGAGCAUCCUUCUGGUGCCUUCCCGUCACAGGAAAGACCAGGGAUCCACGUCUUAACCCCUUUCUGUUGAAGAGGGGGCUCCGACCAUCAGUGGUUCUCCGUGGUUCUCGUUAACACAGGUGGGGUGAAGGGGAAGCUCACUGGCCCUUCCCAGGCUCCAUCCAGGACCCAGUGUUACUUCUGCCAGGUGCCCUAUCCUGGCCCAAGGCUUGGUCUAGCAGCUCUGUGCCGAUGCGUCUCCAUUUAUGUCUCCCACCCAGACCUCUUUCCCCACCCCCAGUCACAGCUACAUACUGGUGCCUCUGCCCAGGCAGCCUGUGCCUCGAAGCCAACCCUUGCCCAAAUUCUGCUCUAGUACCUGUUACCUGUCCCUUUGCCCUUUCGUGAGGUUACCUAAGCCAGAAUCUUGGGAGGCAGUCUUUCUCCCUCACCCUUAACCUCAUGUCCAAGCGGUGAGUAGACCCUGUCCUUUUUACCCCUUAACAUCUCUCAGAUACGUCGUUCUUUCUCUUCCCCCUACUGCCGCUGCUGCCUCAGUUGAUACUUCUUCAAGAUACACCUGUUGCCGAUCUGUUGC